UUUGCUGUGAACUGUGCGCGCUCUGCUCUCGGUCCUGCAUGGCAGCGAAUCACUGCAGCACAAUGGAGACGUGAGAAAACAACGCUGUGUUUCUAAAAUCACACCGCCGCUAUCGAGCAACUUUUUUUGCGCUCUUUUCUCUUCCUACAAUUACCAACUUUACACCUUGUAGAUAUUUGAUCAUAUGUAAUGGAAGUCGCUCCAACACUCCUGUUGCUGCUGUGCGGUCUGCGCGUUUCUCUGGCGGCUGAUUGGGAGUUUGCGGACACUCAUUUGACCUUCCUCGGUGAUGCCAUAGACUACAAGGAUCCCUGUAAAGCCGCUGCCUUUUUGGGAGAUAUCGCCCUUGAUGAAGAUGACCUCCGCAUGUUCAAAGAAGCCCAUAGCAGUGAUGUAGCACAGCACACUGUCCAGACCAACCACACAGACUCAGUUAACAGUUCCAGCGUCAGGAGGAGUAAGAGAGCUGCAGACAGAAAGAGUCUCCAUCGUCGAAGGAGAGCAGCCACCUCCAGACCUGAGCGAGUGUGGCCGGAUGGCAUCAUCCCGUAUGUGAUCAGUGGGAACUUCACCGGCAGUCAGAGAGCCAUUUUCCGACAGGCGAUGCGUCACUGGGAGAAACACACUUGCGUAACAUUCACUGAGAGGACGACUGAAGAAAGCUACAUCGUUUUCACCUACCGACCUUGUGGGUGUUGCUCCUACGUGGGGAGGAGAGGUGGCGGCCCUCAGGCCAUCUCUAUAGGAAAGAACUGUGAUAAGUUUGGCAUUGUGGUGCAUGAACUCGGACACGUGAUCGGCUUCUGGCACGAACACACACGUCCAGACCGUGACGAGCACGUAAGCAUCAUCAGAGACAACAUCCAACCAGGACAGGAGUAUAACUUCCUGAAGAUGGAGCCAGGCGAGGUUGACUCACUUGGGGAGGUAUACGACUUCGGCAGCAUCAUGCAUUAUGCAAGGAAUACAUUUUCCAGGGGCAUCUUCUUAGACACGAUCUUGCCCCGUUAUGACGUCAAUGGAGUCAGGCCACCUAUUGGACAGAGGACCAGGCUGAGCAAAGGGGACAUUGCACAAGCCCGAAAACUCUACCAGUGUGCAAUUGUUAAAGGGUGUGGGGACAGCCUGCAGGACAGUGCUGGAAACUUCUCUUCUCCCGGUUUUCCGAACGGCUACUCAGCGUACGCUCACUGUGUCUGGAUGAUUUCUGUCACUCCUGGAGAGAAGAUUGUGUUGAAUUUUACUUCCAUGGACCUCUUCAGGAGUCACUUGUGUUGGUACGACCAUGUGGAAGUCCGAGACGGGUUUUGGAGAAAAGCUCCUCUGAAAGGCCGUUUUUGUGGAGACAUGCUUCCAGAUCCAAUCAUCUCAACCGACAGUCGACUGUGGAUUGAAUUCAGAAGCAGCAGCAGCUGGUUGGGCAAAGGCUUUUCAGUAGUCUAUGAAGCCAUUUGUGGGGGAGCGGUGAAGCGGGACAGCGGCCAGAUCCAGUCCCCCAAUUAUCCCGAUGACUACCAGUCCAACAAAGUGUGUGUAUGGCAAAUCACAGUGGCAGAGGGUUUUGAUGUUGGCCUCUCCUUUCAGUCAUUUGAGAUUGAGAGACAUGACAGCUGUGCCUACGACUAUGUGGAGGUGAGGGAUGGCAGCUCAGAGAGCAGCCCGCUGCUCGGCCAUUUCUGCGGCUACAACAAACCUGACGACAUCAAAAGUAGCUCCAACCAGCUCUGGCUAAAGUUUGUGUCGGAUGGCUCGGUCAACAAAGCUGGGUUUGCGGCCAACUUUUUCAAAGAGAUGGAUGAGUGCUCCAGACUUGACAACGGUCACUGUGAGCAGCAGUGUCUGAACAUGUUGGGCAGCUACAGAUGUGCUUGUGAUCCCGGAUAUGAGCUGGCAGCUGACAGACGUAGCUGUGAGACAGCUGCCUGUGGCGGGUUCAUCACCAAGCUCAAUGGCUCCCUCACCACCCCCGGGUGGCCCAAAGAAUACCCACCCAACAAGAACUGUGUGUGGCAGCUGGUGGCACCCAUUCAGUAUCGCAUCACUCUGGUGUUCGAUGUGUUCGAGACCGAAGGGAAUGAUGUGUGUAAAUAUGAUUAUGUGGAGGUGCGCACUGGGUUGACUCCAGACUCAGAGCUUCACGGGAAGUUCUGUGGAGCGGAGAAACCCGAGGUCAUCACCUCCCAACAAAACAACAUGAGGAUCGAGUUCAAGUCUGACAACACCGUCUCCAAGAGGGGCUUCAAAGCUCAUUUCUUCUCUGAUAUAGAUGAGUGCUCCAAAGAAAAUGGUGGCUGCCAGCAUGAAUGUGUGAACACCUUCGGGAGCUACAGCUGUCAGUGCCGCAGCGGCUUCAUGCUGCAUGAUAAUAAGCAUGACUGCAAGGAAGCGGGCUGUGAUCAUGCUGUCAACACUGUGUCAGGCACAAUAAGCAGCCCCAACUGGCCUGAUAAGUAUCCAAGCAAAAAGGCCUGCACAUGGUCUCUGUCCACAACCCCAGGCCAUCGUAUCAAAAUUGUUUUCAGUGAGAUCGACAUGGAGUCUCAUCUGGAGUGCGCUUACGACCAUCUGGAGAUCUAUGACGGGGGUGACACUCGUGCCCCGUUUCUUGGACGCUUCUGUGGCACCAAAAAGCCUUCUCCAGUCGUCUCCAGUGGCAAUAAAAUGUUCCUGCGUUUUUUCUCUGACAACUCAGUGCAGAAGAGAGGCUUUGAGGCUUCAUACAGAGCAGAAUGUGGAGGAAGCCUGAAAGCCGAGGUCAAGACAAAAGAUCUUUACUCUCAUGCCCAGUUUGGAGAUAACAACUACCCCAGUGGCUCCGACUGUCUGUGGGUGGUCUCUGCUGAGAAGGGUUACGGAGUGGAGAUCAUCUUCCAAGUGUUUGAGAUCGAGGAGGAGGCAGACUGCGGGUAUGAUUAUGUGGAGCUGUAUGACGGCGCUGACAUCAAGUCUCCGAGGCUGGGACGAUAUUGUGGAUCUGGGGCCCCAGAGGAAGUCUACUCAGCCGGGGACGCCAUAGUUUUAAAGUUUCACUCAGAUGACAGCAUCAAUAAAAAAGGCUUUCAUGUACGCUACACAAGCACAAAGUUCCAGGACACGUUACACGCAAGCAAGUGACUCUCUGAAACUACCCCAAACCUAAAUGGAGACUUCACCCCUAACAUUUGGUCAGACACACCCAUCUCCAGGCGAGGAGUGAAUGCAUGGAUUGAUACCACAAACACCAACCUGCAUACUUUACAUUCACAUCUGUUAGACAGAGUGAAGCCAUGCAGAAAAAUUGCAUCUUUACUCUUCCUCAUUAUAUAGCUAUAUAGGAUGAAAGGCAAGGACUAAUUUGCAUCGAUUAUUUUGAGUAAAUUCAGUCACACUGCCUGUAAUGAGCUGAUUACGUCAUAGCACUGUGUUGAGAUAUAAAAUGUAUAUAUUGUGAAAUAGUUUUUUUUUUUUUUUUUUUUAUAAAUUUGUUUAUUGGAACACAUCACAUCAAAUUACAUAAAUCUUGUACGUUUACAUGUGUGACCUUUUUAAACAAACAUACAUGUAGAAAAAGGUAGAGAAGAAAGAAAGUGAGAAUAAAAGACAAGAAAGAAGAGAACAACAACAACAAUAAUAACAAUCAAAAAAGAAAAAAAAUACAAAACUCAAAACCCACCCAAUCUCCCACCCCAGGUUGGUCCACCUUUCUCCAUCAAUAUAUCACAUAAAACAACUUGUAUCUGUACCUUGACAUUGUUGCAACAAUACAACUGGUUAGAAAAAAAGCAAAGUUUUGUUGACAGGUAUCAUCACUACAUUAUAAAAAUAUGAGAGGAGAGGCUGCCAUGUAGUGUAGAAUUUCUCAGUUGACCCCGUAAGUGAGAAUUUGAUCUUUUCUAGCUCAAGGAAUGACAUUAAAUCAGUCUCCCAAGACUUUCUGCCGGGGAUUUGGGUGACUUACAGUUUUGUAAUCAUAAUAUCAACUGUGUCACUUUUUCUGGGGAUGAAAGUUCACUUCUAAUGAAUGGAAUGCACUUUGUUGUAUUAUAUCACUGGACAAAUGCACAUGACAAUAAUAAUGAGUAUGGAGGACAAAUCUAA